AUGGCUCACCUUCUGAACAGCAUACUCACGGUAACCAAGGUGUUUCAAAACUAUGCCAAAGAGAAUGGGGACUGUACUUCACUAUGCAAGAAGGAGUUGAAGCACCUGCUCUUGACUGAAUUCGGAGAUAUCCUCCGGAGACCAAAAGACCCAGAGACUGUGGAAGUCAUCAUGGACCUCUUAGACAGAGACAGAAAUGGAUAUGUUGAUUUUCAAGAAUAUCUCUUAUUGGUGUUCCGAUUGGUCCAAGCUUGCCAUCUUAAGCUAGAUAGGUCAAAUAGACAUAAAAUCUCCCAGCAAGAAAUGGAGAAGGAAGGAACACAAAAUGAUAAGUUUCCAGGAAACCACAGAGGCAGACCACAUAGGCAGAGUCAUGAAAGAGAAAGUCACUCUGGGAGACAAAGUCAGGAUGUUCAGCAUGAUCAGUCUGAGAGACAAGGCAAGAACACCCACCAUGGUCAGUUACAGACACAAAAUACAGACUCUCAUUGUAGCCAGUCUGAGGAAGAAGAUGAGAGUUAUGGCUCUGAUGAGCAUAAGAGACAAGAUCGAGACUCUAGCUCUGAUCAGAGACUGAAUCGAAACUCUAGCAGUGGCCAACCAAAAGGGCAAGAAUAUACAUUUGCCAUAAAUAAGUCAGAGAAACCAGAUCAGGAUUCUCAUCAUGGUGAGUCUGAAAGGGUUAAACAACAACCAAAAUGUAGCCAGUCUGGAACACUCAGACAAGAUUCUCAUUCUAGUCAGACCAGUCAACAAGAAUCAGGUUCUUAUAGACAAUCUGGAAAUCUGGGUAAAGAAUCAGGCUCUGGUCAGACAGACAGUCAAAGACAGAGUUCCCACCAUGGUCAAACAGACAGACAAGGACAAAGUUCCCACCAUGGGCAGACAGACAGACAAGGACAGAGUUCCCACCAUGGUCAAACAGACAGACAAGGACAGAGUUCCCACCAUGGUCAAAAAGACAGACAAGGACAGAGUUCCCACCAUGGGCAGACAGACAGACAAGGACAGAGUUCCCACCAUGGGCAGACAGACAGACAAGGACAGAGUUCCCAUGGUCAAAAAGACAGACAAGGACAGAGUUCCCACCAUGGGCAGACAGACAGACAAGGACAGAGUUCCCACCAUGGGCAGACAGACAGACAAGGACAGAGUUCCCACCAUGGGCAGACAGACAGACAAGGACAGAGUUCCCACUCUGGUCAGUCACAGACUAAGGAAGCUGAAAUUCCAGGACAAAAUAGGAAUUUCCAAGGGACUGAUGGAACAAGGAGAGGGUCAUAUGUUGAGCAAUCAGGAAAGUCUGGGAGACUAAGUCAACAGGUUUCAGGAAAAGAAGUAAAUCAACAUCAGAGACGGGGAUCCCAGUCUAGAGAGGGAGAUUGGCAAUCAAGCAACAGAGAAGAGGGCCACAAACAAGUCCCAACUGGGCAGAAUCAAAGUGAGAAACACAGCCACUGGGCAGAGAAAGAACAGGGUCACCAAAGCUGGAGUAGUCACACCCAUCAAGAUCAAGAAAGUCCAUGUGAGGUACAUGAUAAGCAAAGUCAUCAGACAAGGGACAGACAAACCCAUGAGGAUAAACAGAACCUCCAAAAACAUGACAGGCAAACUCAUGAAGAGGCACAACAACAGCACAGACGAACUUAUGAAAAUAAGCAGGAUCAUCAAAAACAAGACAAGAAACUCUAUGGAGAUGAAGAGAAACACCAAAGACAAAAGAAAACCCACAAAGAGGAACAAAAUCGUCUACAACAACAGGACAGACAAAACCAGAAAGAGAAAGACAGAUAUCAAGAGUCAAAAAAUCAGCAAUCCCAAGGAUCUCAACAAGGCUGUGGUAACAGAGAAAACAAUCACAUGAAUGAAGAUAAUCAAAGUUCACAAGGAAAAGACUUCCAUCCAACCCAGAGUGGUGGGAGGCCCCAAAAAGGAGAACAGGGUAAAGGGCACCCUACCAAGGCAGUCAGUGCUCCCAACCCCUUCUAUAAAUAUGUACAAGAACAGAGAUCAUGUCAGAACUAA